AAUUUCAAACAAUAUGUCACUGUACGUCUAACCUAGGAGGGCUGUGCCAAAACAGUUGGACUAUGAUUUCUUGUAUCUGAUUGAAGUUUAUCCUUUCGCUCGACCUUCGAAGCUUCCCUCUCGAUCUCUUUCAAAACCUGUUGAGGCGAAGAAAGACACGCUACGUAGGCACUAAGUAGAAACGGGCCCGACUGAUCAAAACGAUUCGAUUCAAGUAUUACGAACAUGAAUUGAAUUAUUGAUUUCAAGCUCUGUUUUAGGCCUACACUCAUCCCCAGCCCCCUAUUUAUCUAUCAAUCCAGACAUAGCUAUAUCCAACCCAAGGCCCUGAUUGUCCCCAUUUUUAUAUGUUUACUUCAAUCCCCUCGAGUCCGUCUGAUACGAUAUAAUCCAACGGUUUGACUAGCUUUUCUAGAUUGAACACUCCAGCGGAAGUGGGUGGAAAAGUUCCAGGCAUGUUUAUGGCGGGUAUUGUUUCCUUUGGCCGGAUGGGGCUUCGAACCGGGUGGCCAGCGAUUCCUCAACGGAGCAUGUCCUCUCCUAGCGGACUGAUCGAAGGUCCGAAUACCUUGACCUUGUCUCAAGGACAAAAGAUUCACUAUGAGGCCCGGGGCCAAGGUUCCAAAGCGGCAUUACUAAUGCCCGGAGCUUUGGGCACCGCUUCCUCCGAUUUUGCCCCUCAACUCCAACACUUCUCUGGUCACCCACAACUCCGGGUGAUUGCUUGGGACCCUCCGGGGUACGGUGCUUCUCGGCCUCCGGCUCGAACCUGGCCCUUGGACUUUUUUGAUCGUGAUGCCAAGCUAGCAAUUGACCUCAUGGACCAAUUGGGCUUCGAUCAGUUCAGUGUCUUGGGGUGGUCCGACGGUGGAAUCACGGGCAUGGUCAUGGCUGCUGAGUACACGGAACAGAUCGAGAAGUUGGUCGUUUGGGGCGCCAAUGCAUUCAUCUCCGCGCAAGAUGUGCAACAUAUCACCAACGUGAGUGAUGUGAGUCAAUGGUCCGAGCGCAUGAGACGCCCCAUGGAAGAGACUUAUGGUGUGGAUUACUUUCCCAUCAUUUGGAAGGAGUGGUGUCAAGCCUACCGAGCCGUGUUUGAGAAAAACCAGGGCGAGAUCUGUCGUCAGAGAUUGGCCCAAAUUCAAUGUCCGACCUUGAUUGUCCAUGGCGACAAGGACGCCAUGCUAGACACGAUUCAUCCGGACAUCUUACAACGAGAAAUUCCAAACGCUCGUCUGGAGCGAUUCCCCGACGGCAAACACAAUCUCCAUUUUAAGUAUCAAAAAGAGUUCAACCAAAUGACGGAAGAAUUUCUAUCGGCGAAUUGAAAUAGAAAGUAAUCAAGUCCAGGGUCAGCCAAUCACGCCCAACUCGUUACAUACCAAUCUGAGCCAUCAUUCCCGUGUCAUUCAUCGUUCAUUUCGCCGUUCAAGGGGCACGUUCUCCGCCAUGAUUAACUCCUGGAAUUUGUUGCCAACGACAUCCUUGGAAAUUCAGCACGAGCUUCUCACUAGUUUCUUCCGGGCUCAGAAAGCACGUCUUGUAAGUAAAUUAUAGCCAUUUUUUUUCUUCAAUUACCCGAAUGUGUAUGGUGGUUGUAGAUCAUAUCCUUGAAGUUUCACCACUAGAUGGCGUCCUACCACAGGCAAAAAACCGUGCGGAAAAAUAGUGCAAAAGUAAUUGUUAUUUUGCUUGUACGUAGCUACUUUGAUCAUUAGACCCUAUCUGUCAUUGUGUUUCGGCUCGAUUGGGGCCUUGUAAUGAUUUCAUGAAGUGUUGUUGGAAUCCUUUAGUUGCCCUGAUUAGUGACAAAAUGAGUUCAAAACUUGGGCCAAAACGUGAAUAAAGUGGAUUUUUUUCGGCA